UAGUUUGAUUCAUAACUCACAUUAUUAUAAUAUUAUUGUGAUUGAUAUGGUAUAUUGAUAACAAUAGCCUAAUAUUAUGAUAGUGGUGAAUAAAUUAAGCACAUGCGUAGAACGCACAAGGUGCAUUCCUGUGUAUAGACGGACCCUAAAUUUACGAUAACAGUUAAUCAUUAAAAUUGAUUUUAAAAAAUUUCAAUGAACUUAAAUAGGUUCUUGAUACUUAUUACUUAAAUGACAAUAUUUAUCUGUGCUUACAUUGUUGAUGUUUUAUUCAGAAAAAGUAAAACUAAUAAACCAUUAAAAAGUAACAGACCAUUGACUUGGUAUGUAUGUGGUCCUACAGUGUAUGAUUCCAUGCAUAUAGGACAUGCAAGUUGUUAUGUUAAAUUUGACAUAAUUAGGAGAAUUUUGGAAAAUUAUUUUCAAUUACCUACAUUUCAAGUAAUGAAUAUUACUGAUAUAGAUGAUAAAAUAAUUGCUAAGUCACGAGCGGCAAAUAUAGAUCCAAUUAAAUUAGCCAGGAACUAUGAAGUAGAAUUUGUUGAAGAUAUGAGAUUGUUAAAUAUCAAGCCACCAGAUAUUAUGGCAAGAGUCACUGAUUUCAUUCCGCAGAUAUUAAAUUUUAUUCAAGUUCUUUAUGAUAAAAAUUUAGUCUAUUCUUUUGAUGGUUCAUUGUUCUUUGAUACAACCAAAUAUAGAAAAUAUGGAAAGUUAUUUGAUGUACCUGAAGUCAUAUCACAUUCAUUUAAAAGAAGUAAUUUAGAUUUUGCUCUAUGGAAAGCAGCAAAACCAGGAGAGCCUUCAUGGGAUUCAUUGUGGGGACCUGGGAGACCAGGAUGGCAUAUAGAAUGUUCUGCUAUUGCUAGUCAUUACUUUGGAUCCAGUGUUGACAUACAUUCAGGGGGAAUAGAUUUGCUGUUUCCACAUCAUGAAAAUGAAGAAGCACAAUGCUGUGCAUAUCAUGGUAUUGAUGAUUGGGUAAAACAUUGGAUAUAUACAGGACAUUUACACAUAGGAGAUAAUAUUAAAAUGUCAAAAUCAUUAAAAAACACCAUAAGUGUUAGCGAAUUACUUAAAUCAUAUACAGCAAAUCAGUUUCGAACUUUAUGUUUAUUAUCAAAUUACAAAAGUGAUUUGGAAUUAAAUGACGACACCAUGGUCACAGCUUGUGGGGUGUUGAAGAAAUUUGAUUCUUUCAUUUGUAGUUGUUAUAAUCACUUAAAUACUUUUAACAGUAAGCAUAUUCCUGACCCUACUUUACUAAAAAAAAUUGACGAUAUUGAAAAUAAAGUAAUAAUUAAUCUUGCUGCUGAUUUUAAUACAUCAAAAGUUUUAAAUUUACUUAUUGAACUUGUUAAUAUGUUUAAUAAACUACUCCUUAAGGAUUUAAGUUUCAAUUGUUCAAAAUUAGAAAUAAUUCAAGCCUUAAAUUUGGUGUCUAAAACAUUAGAUUCUUUUGGUAUUAAUUUAACUAAUUCAGAGGUUAAAUCUGAUAUCAAAAAUAAUUUAGUUGUUGACAUCUCAGUAAAUUUUAGAUCAAAACUCAGACAAUUAGCUUUACAAUCAGAUUCUGGGAUUAAAAAACUAGAAAUACUUAAGCUUUGUGAUAUUUUGCGUGAUGAUCUUUCUUCAGCCAACAUUAUUAUACAAGAUUCAAGUAAUUCAUCAUCUUGGAGGUAUAAUAAUGCUACAAGAUUAAAAGUAAAAAAAAAUUAGUACAAAGAUUGAGUUAUUUAUUAAUU